GAAGACAGGCUGGAUAGGCUUGUGUUUUCUUUGGUUCCUUUUCUCAGUCCGGAUUGAGGGGUCAACCUGGCCUGCCACUUACUCGCAGAUUGUCGAAUGGUUCGUCUCAGAAACCUGACGAGUCGUCUUUCUCAAAAUGGUUUUUUUCUUUUGCGCUCGUCACCUGCCAAAGUCUAGCACUUCAGCCCUUCAGCCACAACGGCAAGGAGUUGAUGCGCAGAAUUUACGGCGCGCUCUUUAGAUAGCACGGCUGUAUUUCAUUUCAAUCUCUACCAGUUCUAUUUCUAUAGCUUGGGCUAUCUCCUCGUUGUGCUUGCUUCGGUCACCAUUUUAUUCACAUCAUCGUUUUGCAUAAAUACCUUGUUAACUUUGAGAUGCUUUGCUCAUCUCACAUCGUACACUAGGAACAACCUUGUACACUUUACAUAGUGAGACAAGUUAGGUACCCACCUAACUGGGUUACCAAGGCAUCUACCUAACCUCUGUGCACUACAACCAAAGGAGGGUACCUAAGCGUUGGGAAUUAGCUUUGAGGCAGUUCCCGUCGAGUGGGAUCCUACCUGCUCAGCACUGUCCCUGAACCCUUCGCACAUCGUCACGCCUCUGGAAAAAAAAAAUGACAGAACCGGAGGCAAGCCCGGGCGGCCUCUCGCAAUGGUGGCCCAAGGCCCCCAACGACAAGACCGCCAGCUUGGAAUGGCGACUGGACGUCAUUACGCUGCUGGCCGUCAUCGGCGAGUCGUCCAUGGCGGAGCACUCGCAGACCAUUACUGCCUCUAGCCUUUGCCUGCUGCCGCGCAUCCUCCCCGCGCCCCAGGCGCUCCUCAAACCCUCAAGGCCGCAGAGGAUGCCGCAGACGCCGGCCAAGCUGACGGGAGUGCACAGCGGCGUCGUCCUGGAAACUGUCGGCUUCUUCGCCAACAUCAUCCACCCGCUCGACAAAUUGCAGCCGCUUGAGUUUAAAAUACUCCACAUCAAGCACACUGACCUUGUGGUGAAGGAAAAGAAACCUCGGGCGGCUAGCAGCUGGCUUGGAAACCUCCGUAAGCUGCCGCGGUGGGUUUCCGUUUUCAGGCAUAAGAGGGAGCAGUUUGAGCUGCAAAAGGAAUUGAGUCCCAUGGAAGACGAAAAUACCAUGGCAACCGGAGCCACAACCUCCAUGGACGGGAGGCGCGUGGCCGAUCCGGAACAGGGCAUCCACCGGCGGCACACCAAGAGGGACAAGAUCACCGACUUCGUGUCCAGCCCGGGCCCGGUCAACAGAGCAGAGCGGCCCGCGGUCCCAGCGGCUCUCUUCAGCCCGCUACAUAUCUUGGCCGUGUUCAGCAUGCUGCUCACGGCUGCGCUGCUAGUCGGAGCGCGUUUCUGGACGGACGGGCCGGCCACCGUGGCGGUGGCGCUCAUCAGCUUGCAGAGCAGCCUCGUGGGCUACGCCAGCUGGUGGAAGCCGGUGUUGAUGCUGCGGACACACCACCACGCGGUUCCGCGCGGCGACGUCAUGAUCCGCACGCGCGAGGGCGCCUUUGUCCUCAUCCUCUGCACCGAGGAUGUGGCCCGUGAGUUGUACACGGCAGGGACCGAGGAGUGCAGGUACCGCGUCGGCGAGAGGUGGUACAGGUUCAUUAUGGGGCUGGGCACCAUGAUGCUCAUGCUGUCGACUGUGCUGCUGGGCAACUGCUCCUGGUAUAUGCAGCUUUUUGUCGGCUCGAGCUACAUCUGCCUAAACGCCAUGUACUGGGCCAUGGGCAUGCUGCCGCGGAGACUUUUCUGGGACCUGAGCCGGUAUAAUUGCAAGGAGGAUACGCCGCGCGAGCUGCGGAACGCGCACUUGCCCAAAAAUCAGCAGCAGCAACUGCAGGAGAACGGCGGCGGCGGCGGCAGCGACAUUAUUAUCCAUGAUGAAUACGAGGAUUUGCCCAGCUUCACGCGGACGCUGUGGUACGCGAUCCGGGUUACCAAGAAGACCGGCUGGGUGCAGCGCAGUGGAGCAGCACCCAUGACGGACGAAUGGAAGGAAUGGCUCCGCGAGGCCGAAGAGGUGGCGCAGGAUGAGGAGAAGGCCAAGACGUGGAGGGCCGUCCAUCGCAAGAUGCAAAUCAUCGCCCACGACCACGGCUGUCAGGAGCCGACCCAAAUAGGGGCGGCAGGCCCAGGGCUUGGUGACCCGGGGAAGCAGCAUGCGCCGCUCAGUGAGGUCCAGGGGCCCGCCCCUGGGUCAAGCGCCGUGCCGGCCACGGAUCGUCUAUGAGUUGAAAUUUCGUGACCAAUGUUUUGGCUGGUUUCAGCAGGGUCUGUUGCAUGUUUGCUCAUUGUGUGAUAAGUCAAGAUGACAGUAGAGCAAGUUUUCUGUUGAUGGGAUUUCUUCUUCUUUGCAUAGGUAUAGCCGCCCUGUCACUCGGUAAAGACAGUGGGACAAAAUGGGAUAUGAGUUCAGUAUCCAAUCAGCGAUAUGGUUAUCCAAAAUGUGAUACUUGGCUGGCCCUGCUUCAUCAGACUCUGUCGAGUAACUUGAAUCCUUGACACCAUCCUAUUUUGUUAGAUUGCAUUCAACAGAACCAGACACACAAACCUCUUGAACCUAAGCCAGUCAAGCACAUUCAUUCAUCGUCAACCCGAAUGUAGGAAUUCAGCUUGGCUCUGGACCUCUACACUCUGAACUGCCGGUGCAUGAGAAUAUGAUCACAAGACCAAUGAGGUCAA